CACGCGUGCUAUUGCUUAAACAUCGAAAGCGCCUGUCUCCAACUCCGGCUGAGGUUGACAGUUAAUGUUGCACAAUGGCACCAGAGAAAACAGCGCCCCCUAGUGUCCAGGACGGGAGUGCAAAGGACAGCGUGUUUUUGCGACUCCUGAACCUGCCGGUGGUGAGCUCCACCUGUGAGGUGAUUGAGAGGACCUACACCAACACCAAGCACACACACCCGAUCCUGUGCUCCGUCUGUGGGGUGUACGAGAGGGGGGCGAGGACCGCAGGCAGCCUGGCGGUGUGGAGCGUGCAGCCAGCCAUCAUGAGACUGGAGCCGCAGAUUGAAGCUGUCAACAGCCUUGCCUGCAGAGGGCUGGACCGCCUGGAGGAGAAGAUACCAGCUCUGCAGUAUCCCCCUGAGAAGCUGGCCUUGGGUAUUGCUGAAGCAGUCACCUCCACUGUGCAGUCUGCCAGGGAGGGCAUCACAGGCACCAUAGCCAGCACCUCCGACAUGGCCCUCAGCCUGGCCUCCAACAGCUACCAGCUGACCAGGAGCGCAGUGAGCGACAGCGUGGACUACGUGCUGAGCAGCAAACCCGUGCGUCUGGCCGAGGAGGGGGCGGACACCGCCCUCACCCUGACCGAGCACCUCGUCAACUACAUCCUGCCUGCGUCUGAGGAGGAGAUCGAGAAGGACACAGCUUGGGCAGAGGAGACAGAGGCGGAGCCUCCAGGCCCCGCCCCUGGGUACCGCCGCCUCGGAGUCCUGGUGAGCACGGUGUGCCGGCGUGCAUAUGAUCAGACCAGCACUCAGCUCCAACGCGCCGCGGAUCAAGGCCAGAGACUCGUCAUGAGCGUUCCCGGUGUGACUCCGCUGACCGGUGUCGCAGUGAGGAACCUGAAGAUGGUGGGUGGUGUGGCCCUGGGUCUGCAGAGCUCGGUUCUGGGGCUCUUUGGGCAGGUGGAAGAGGUGUCAGACAAGGAGAGUCGCAAGAAGAAGGAGGGAGAGCUGCUGAAGAGCGGUGGUGUGCGGGGGCUGGUCAGCAGUCUGGGACAACAGCUGCAGAGCACCUACAUGUCGGUGGUGUCUGGGGCGAAGAAUGCCCCCGGGGCCACGCUGGGCCUGGCUCGCGACAGCACCAGCGCCCUGCUGGAGACCCUGGACAGCGCCCGAACGCGGCUGGUGGAGACCGUCGCUCAUUAUGGGCUGUUCCCAGGGCUGUCCUCUAACAAGGGAGAGUCUGAAGACGCCAGCCGUGAGGAGACGGAGGUGAAUGAGCCCCGCCCAACCCCGUCCGAGGGGAGUGGGCAGGACCAGAAGCCAGCCCCCCAGGGUCCAGCUCUGGACAGAGAGUCUGGACCGCCCCAGAUCUCAGACGAGACCCGGCUGCUGCAGCGGAAGGUUCUGGAGCAGAUCCCAGUCCAGCAGAGGAUCCUGCUCAGCGGCUCCCGGCCGACCCUCUCCGCCCAGCGCGACGGGAAAGGCGAGGUCGUCAUGAGGUCCCACAGUUCUGGUUACACCCGCACGGCACACAAAACCUCCUACACCCCUGCCAAAAAACAAUGAGCCCCCACCCCGAUUUCCUGGUGGGGACAUCGGGGGUGAGCCUCAGAGAACCCCUGAGGCAGUGGCUUAGCUUUGAGGUGCAGUUAGAGUCAUGAGGUCUGUUCUCACAUAAAAGCACGACAUCAAGGGUUCUGUGCUCCUGGGAGGAUUGUGCUCAAUCCUCCCAUUCUCAAAACCAGCUUCCAGUAAAGGAAGCCAGUCCCCAAAAUAAAUAGUAUUAGCUGUGUUUGUGCUGCUAAAGUUCUGUGCACGCACCCUUCAUAUUGGCAAUAGAAUGACAUCUGACACAAGGCUUCGUGUAAGAACAGAUCUCUGUAUCCACCAUGCAAAGCUCAGCCCGAGGCCAUAGCUGGCCUAUGCAUCUCUGCUACUGCUGCUGCUGCUGAUUUUAGCUUUGUUCUGACCUGCCAUUAUCUGAGUGAUCUGGCUCUUUUUUGGGGUACAGAGGACAAAAAAAGGGGAAACUGGUGUGAGGGUUAAAGGUGACGUGGUGGUAGGGCACCAUCUUAGGAAAAUUUGAAGUUUGUGAAAGUGCUUUGUCUUCGCAGUGGACCUGACAUUGCUCACAUGCAUAUGUAGGGUUUGUGAAGUUUUAUGGCUAACAAGGCGUUAUUUGGAAAAAUCUGGAUUGUGGUAACAAUGGUAAUGCCCCAAAGGUGGCUUUAUAGACAGGCAAAAGUAGGUAAUGAAGAACAUUUUAUGGUUGAUGGGUUGUGUUUGCUUUAGACACAUGUUGUGAACUAUAAUCAGAAAUACGCCAAAUAAAAGUUUGUAUUGGAGUAGGCUUACAUUACAGCUUUGCAGCUGGCUGACAUCACUCAAUAGAAUACUCAUAAUCAGAAAGGUUGAAGCACACAAAUACAUGCGCUAAAGCUUGAUAACUAUGACUCCUUUUUCUCCUGCUUCUUCUUGGAUUCAGUUAUUGCGAUUUUGUUGUUUCUUGUGGGAGCCAAACUAGCGCAGGCUUUCUGUAAUCUUCCUCUUGCAAACACAAAUGCCCUGUUUAUUGUACCAGGGAACGAGACCGAGAGGAGGAGUUUACAUGGAAAAAUGUUUCGGUCAGUCCUCUUCACGUAACCUUUUUUCCAGUACUCUUUCUGG